CUGCUCAGCAUGAAACCUUUUCUUUCCGUGUUCCAUGCAAAAGCUCAUGACUUCAAAUGUGAAGUUAAAUGGAGUGGAGCAUAUCAGGAGGGGGCUGGCUUAACCCUUGGAGAGGAGGUAGAACAAGUUAAUGCCUUCCUCUCUCGCAUUGCUGUGACAACAAAGCAUAUGUCAAAAGCAGGGCGUUCUGACAUGUUAACCCUUAUGGCCAUACGGUGGAAUGAUCACAAGUUUGAAAACUUGGCUGGAUCCUUGUCCCGCAGAUAUCUGAAAACCAUAAAGAUGUUGGAUGAAAAAGAAAAAAUGCUGGAAUCCACAAAAAAUGAACUUUUUCUCACUGAGGUCCAGUUAAAGGACUGGGUAGCUGAUGUGAAGGAGUGGGCUGAAUCAGCAACCACUCCAACAGAUGAAGAUGCCUUGGAAAGUAAAAUUGAGGGACUGGUAGCAAGCAUCAAGAGACGCACGCAGCAUUUGUACAAAGACACAGACGGCUGCAAAGCUCGAGCCAGGGUCCGACGCAAACUCAGAGAGGAGAAGCGGAUGUUAUGUACUUUGAUUGAAGAGUAUAACACCCUGAGCUCAAGCGCAGAGGCUCUGUGCAUUGACACAAUCCUCAGAGAAGAUGUCGCAUGGCCAUGGCAGGACAACCAAAAUGAUCAUGUUACCAUUAGGACAAAGAGACAAGUCUUUGACCAAGUCAUGGGAGUGAGAAGACUGCAAGAAGAGAAGAAGAUUCUUGUUGCUGAGAUGGCUAAGCACUGGAAUUAUCUCCUAGCUCGUUUUGGUUGGCUGAAAGAGCAUUCUGACCGGGUCUCUAAACUUCCCCUCCAGAAUACUCAGGAUGUACUCACUGAUGAGGCCCUGAAUGGCAUGCAGGCCCUAUUAAAAAAAAAGUUGUGGAACAUUCGGCAAAAAAUACAGGAUGUGAGGCACUGCUACUUGAGCAUUUUUACUGGAGCAGAGUGUGACUUCCUACAGAUGACUUCUGAUUUUCCAGACAGUGACUUGGACAGUGACUUGGACAGUGAUUUGGACAGUGAUUUGGACGACAUGUACUAAAAUGUAGUUCUAUAGACCUUAAAUUGUUUAAUUCAUUUAUCGGUCGAGGGUGUCCUCAGUCCACCAAAGUUUGUACUAGUUGACUAAUUUUUCUAUUUGUAUUAUAAGGAUUUAUAUGGAUCAGAUCAGAAAGGAGAAGGCUUAGAGUGAGUUAGUUUUGGAUUUAGGAAUCAACUGUGAGUUAAAAGGGCCCAUAUUUACGCUGUUUUCUGGCCUAUGUUUUAUGUUACAUGAUUUUAUAACUUUAGUAUGUGUAUGGGGUUUCUACAGUUUUCAUGUUUUUGUCCUUAUUUUGGUUAAUCACCUCAUCUGUGGUUUAGGGCUGAUACAUGUAGUUACUAUGAUUAACUGAGAUUCAGGAGCAGGACCACGCCUCAGCCGCCCUCUCCUCUCACCAGCGAACCACAACUCAUCUCGACUACGCCUCUAAUUUCCCAGAAGCCUUUAUGUAGCAGCCUUUCCCAUCAUCCCAGUUUGUCUGGGCUAACUCGACCCCACCCUCCCAUCCCCUAUUUUGUCUUUCAGUCAUAAGACCCCUACAAGGGGGGUCCCGUUCCGACUGGGCCAAUUGUAGAUUGAGACGGAGCCCCCACCUAGAGU